AUGUCCAACACCACCGGACGAGGUCAUGGGGGUCUUAAUCAACUAGGCGGAAUGUUUGUGAACGGCCGUCCGCUUCCGGAGGUGAUCCGGCAGCGCAUCGUGGACAUGGCCCACCAGGGCGUGCGUCCCUGUGACAUCUCCCGGCAGCUCCGUGUCAGCCACGGCUGUGUCAGCAAGAUCCUGGGACGCUACUACGAGACUGGCAGCAUCAAGCCAGGUGUGAUUGGGGGCUCCAAGCCGAAGGUGGCCACUCCUAAGGUGGUUGAUAAAAUAGCAGAUUACAAACGUCAGAACCCCACCAUGUUUGCCUGGGAGAUCAGAGACAGGCUGCUGGCAGAGGGAGUGUGUGACAGCGACACCGUGCCCAGUGUCAGCUCUAUCAACAGAAUAAUCCGAACCAAGGUGCAGCAGCCAUUCAAUCUGCCUCUGGAUGGCAAAGGCCUAAGCCCAGGACACAUACUCAUCCCCAGUUCAGCCGUCACUCCCCCUGAGUCACCCCAGUCCGACUCCCUGGGCUCCACCUACUCCAUCAGUGGCCUGUUGGGGAUACCACAACCUAGCCAGGAGGGCAAGAGGAGCCAUGACGACAGUGACCAGGAGAGCUGUAGACACAGUGUGGACUCUCAGGGCAGCGGGGGCGUUCCUAGAAAGCAACUGAGACCAGAGCACUUCCCACCGCAGCACCUGGACUGUGGCUUCGACCGCCACCACUACCCCCCAGACUCCUUCAGCUCUGCUGCAGCUAGCAAGACCGAGCAGACUGUGUACCCUCUCUCGCUCAUCAAUGGAAGUCUAGAAGACGGGAAGACCAGCCUCUCAACAUCGAGUGCUGCUAUUGGUCGGAAUCUGGCAGCGCACCAGGGCUACACUGUUGUGGCAGACCCCCUACAGCCCCUCCCACUUUGUCUGAAACAGGAAAUGUCCCCAGAGGUGACCAGCACAAGCCCCUCUCCGAAUGUGGUGGCCAACUCAGCUUUUCUGGAGCUGCAAUCGCUGCAGGCCCCUGUGUCUAUCAGUAGCAGCUGCAGCAGCUCCAACCAUUUCCCCCAUGCCUUCAACUCAUUCUCCCAUCAUGCACCAGUGUACAGCCAGUUCAGCAGCCAGUCUCUCAUAGCAGGAAGGGACAUGGUUAGCUCCACUCUCCCCGGCUACCCUCCUCACAUCCCCUCCAGUGGCCAGACAGGCUACUCAUCCUCCGCCAUCACUGGCAUGGUAGCAGGUGCAGACUACUCUGGUCAGACCUACACUCACUCCCCCUACACCUCCUACAGUGAAGCUUGGAGAUUCACCAACUCCAGCAUUUUGGGUUCACCCUAUUACUAUAGCUCGGCCUCCCGCACAGCUCCACCAUCCACUGCAGCCUACGACCAUCUCUAG